AUGUUUGCUACUCCAAAAUCAGUAACAGAGGCGGCUCCUGACACGGACGCUAGGAGCAGCAGCGUCGGCGGCGGCGGCGCGUCGCUGACUGGCGCCAGCGUGCUGGUGCUUCGCUUCGCGGGCCUGUGGUCUCCGCGCGGCCGCGCCGGCCGCCGCCUGUUCGCGCUAUACACGGCGCUGGUGCUGGCGUGCAGCGCGGCCGGCGUGGCCACCUGCGCGCUCAGCCUGCGCUCCUACUGGGGCGACGUGCAGCAGCUGUCGCCCAGCCUCGGCAACGCCAUCCUGCUGCUGGCCGGCAUCGCCAAGGCCGCCGUAUUCCUCUCCAGGCAGCGCGAGUUCCGCCGCCUGCUGCGCAUGCUGGAGCAGCUCGUCUCCAACCAGGCCCAGUUCGCCAGACAGAUGGGCGAGGCGUACGAGCGGCGCCGCCGCCUGGCUCCGUGGCUGACGCUGCUGCUGGUGGGCUACGUGACGACCACCUUCUUCCUGUGGGCGGCCCUCCCGCUCGUCCUACGAGGCUCUUCCGCCCAGCGGCUGCUGCCCUUCAGCCAGAUCCGCGGGCUCGACGCCGCCCCUCUGCCGCUCUACGAGCUCGCCUACGGCGUCGAGUUCGCUUCCACCUUCUACUGGAUCUACAUCAGUGUCGGCCUCGACUGCUUCUUCGCCAGCAUCAUGACGCACGUCACGGCCCAGUUCCGACUGCUCAACUGGCGUCUGUCUAGCCUGGGGAGCGACCACCAGAGCGACGGCCGUCCCGAAAUCACUGACGGGCCCGUAACCUCGUGCGAAGUGUACCAGCCGCCAAAGACGGCCGCUACAGACCGUGUAGGGUACACGACACUGAGCGAGGCGGUGUCGCUGUCGGUGUACCGCGGCGGCUGGGAGUCUGCGAGCCGGCGCGUGCGCAGCGCGCUGCUGCUGGUGAUGCGCCGCGCGGCCGCGCCCUGCAGGCUCAGCGCCGCCGGCCUGUGCACCAUCAGCCGCGGCACCUUCCUCUCGCUGCUGAAUGCGUCCUACUCGUGCUACGCGCUAUUUCGCCAGGUUAACAGCCGCUAA